AUGUCAGUAGAAUACUUCGAUCUCGGGACCUACCACCGCCCCGUCACCACCGCCUCCUCCACCAGCCAAACAUGGUUCAACCGCGGCCUCAUCUGGAUGUACGCCUUCAACCACGAAGAAUCCGCCCGGUGCUUUGAGCAUGCCAUCGAAUCCGACGAGACCUGCGCCAUGGCCUACUGGGGGCUAGCCUAUGCCAUCGGCGCCAACUACAACAAGCCCUGGAGCUAUUUCGACGAGGUCGAUCUCGCCACCGUCGUCCGGCGCGGACACGCCGCCGCGAAGACCGCCGAAUCCCACGCUCCCCACGUAUCAGCCGUCGAAGCCGCACUCAUCCAGGCAAUCCAGUCGCGAUAUCCAGAGGAGACCCCCACCAAGCCAUUCUCCGCAUGGAACGAGGACUUCGCCCAAGCCAUGGAGGCAGUAUACCGCGAAUUCCCCGAUGAUCUCGACGUCAUCACCGCCUACGCGGACGCGCUGAUGAACCUGCACCCGUGGGACCUGUGGGACCUGCGAACCGGCGCACCCACCGAGGGCGCGCCCACGCUCACGAUCAAAGCCCUGCUCGACCGCGCUUUAGCCCUGCCCACUGCCCUCCAACACCCGGGGCUUCUCCACCUCUACAUCCACCUCAUGGAGAUGUCCCCCUCACCCGAAUCCGCCCUGCCCGUCGCCGACCACCUCCGCGGCCUGGUCCCCGACGGCGGACACCUGCACCACAUGCCCACGCACCUGGACCUGCUCUGCGGCCAGUACACCGAAGCCAUCACCUGGAACUCGGCCGCCAUCGCCGCCGACGAGCGGUACCACGCGCGCAACGGGGCCGAGAACUUCUACACCCUGUACCGCUCGCACGACUACCACUUCCGCAUCUACGCCGCCCUGUUCGCCGGGCAGUCCGAAAUCGCCCUCAGCACCGCAUCCCAGCUCGAAGCCUCGAUCCCCGAGUCGCUCCUCCAAGUGGAAUCCCCGCCGAUGGCCGACUGGCUCGAAGCCUUCCUCUCCGUGCGCGUGCACGUGCUGAUCCGCUUCGGCCGGUGGGCCGACAUCCUCGCCCUCGCCCUCCCGGCCAACCAGACCCUCUACACCAUGACCACCGCGAUAACCCACUACGCGAAGGGCAUCGCCCACGCCGCCACGGGGGACACGGCCUCGUGCCGCGCGCAGCGCCAGCACUUCCACGCCGCCGUCUCGCGCGUGCAGCCCUCGCGCGCCCUCUUCAAUAACAAGUGCGCCGACAUCCUCGCCAUCGCCGCCGCCAUGCUCGACGGCGAGCUCGCCUACCGCGAGGGCGACUUCGAGGCCGCCUUCACCGCCCUCCGCAACGCCAUCGCGCUCGAGGACAAUCUCCCCUACGACGAACCGUGGGGCUGGAUGCAGCCGACGCGCCACGCGUACGGGGCGCUGCUGAUGGAGCAGGGCCGCGUCGCGGAGGCUGUCGCGGUCUACGAGGCGGAUCUGGGGAUGACGGAUGCGCUGCCGCGGGCGCUGCGGCAUCCGGAGAAUGUGUGGGCGUUGCAUGGGGUGCAUGAGUGUUUUGUGCGGUUGGGGAGGGUCGAGGAUGCGGAGCGUGUGGAGGGGCGGAUGCGGGCUGCGGUGGCCGGGGCGGAUGUGCCGGUGCGGGCGUCGUGUUUUUGUCGGUUGGAGGUGGUGAAUGGGGAAAAGGGGGAGGGGGGGUGUUGUCGGUAG